CCGGGGAAACGGAGUUCCGAUUGCGGACGGACGUGUGCCGGUGGACUGGAAACUCCCGCCAUUUCGACAAGGAAUUAACCUCUUGAUUGAUCCAGGUUACUUUUUUUGUAGCUCUUGCUAAUUAUCUUAUCCGAUAACAAGAAGCUCUGGCAGUACGAACACGCGGGGAAUACAAGUGAUCCAACGAGAACAGGCCUAGUUUGGAAAGACUUUGGAGUCUUCAACGCGCCAUACCUCCUUCUGAACUGAGCAGUUCGGUGUGGUUCAUCCUUACAUGUUCACUCGGAGGAGCUAAAAGUUUACUAACUAUACCGAGCGACAAGUCCGGCAACCUGGUUUACACCUGAGACACUGCGUAAAACCAGCAUGGCACCGCUAAUAGAUGAGAGAAGAAGGAUGCGAUGAGGCGGGCGGCAAGAAGAAGCGCACUGUUAUUGUUUUGCAGCGAGAUAGCAUUUGAGCCCGUUUGCGUUAGCUAGUCAGCUAGCUGCUACACGUUGGAGCUGGGCCUGCCGGCGGUAAAGUGAUACGUGCUAAGAUAUUUGCGGGACACUUGCAUACAUGCUAAGGACAUAUUAUUGCAUAUUAUUGUACUAGAAGAUUUAAUUCUACCAUUGGCACCCCGUGCCAUCUGUGGAUUUGGAAAUGGCUCCGCUUUUAGGCCGGAAACCGUAUCCACUGACUAAGCCGCUAGCCGAGCCACCAGGCCCGGGAGAGGAGGUCUACAUCAUCGAGCACACCAAGGAGGCCUUCAGGAACAAAGAAGAGUAUGAGGCACGCUUGCAGAGGUAUAGUGAGCACAUCUGGACAUGCAAGAGCACUGGAAGUGGUCAACUCACGCACAAUGAAGCAUGGGAGGAGGAACAAGAAGUCACCGAACUGCUUCAGGAGGAGUAUCCCCAGUGGUUUGAGAAGCCAGUCCUGGAGAUGGUCCACCACAACACAGUGUCUUUAGACAAACUGGUUGAAAUGGCCUGGCUGGAAAUCCUCACCAAGUAUGCUGUGGAUGAAGAGUGUGACUUCCUGGUGGGGAAGGACAAAAGUUUGCAAGUGAAGGUGGUGAAGAUCCAUCCCCUUGAAAAUCCAGAGGGUGAGUCGGGGGAGAAGAAGCUCGAAGGUGCCUGUGACUCUCCAUCCAGCGACAAGGAGAACGCAAGUCAGGAGAACCAGAGGAAAGAACCUCCUCCCAGAGAAGAGGAGAACAGGAGAGAGAGUCUCAGUGACCGAGCACGACGUUCACCAAGGAAACUUCCCACUGCCAUGAAGGAAGAGAAGAAGAGAUGGGUGAUGCCCAAAUUCCUUCCCCAUAAGUACGACGUGAAGCUCAUCACUGAGGAUAAGGUGAUCAGUGACGUCCCGGCGGACAGUCUCUACAGAACGGAGCGCCCUCCAACCAAGGAGAUCAUGCGCUACUUCAUCAGGCACUAUGCUCUGAGGCUGGGCAUGGGCGAGAGUGCUCCCUGGGUGGUUGAAGAUGAACUCGUGAAAAAAUUUAACUUGCCCAGCAAAUUCAGUGACUUUCUUCUGGAUCCACACAAGUUUUUAGCGGAGAAUCACUCUGCAAAGCGUAAGAGCUUGUUAUCUCCAGAGGGUAAACCGAGCAAGAGGCUCAAGACCCCCGACACACCAGGAGAGGAUUCAGGAAACGAGAAGGGAGAGAAGAAAAGGAGACGAAAGAAAGACUCUUUAGGCAUGCCCCUUAGUCCAACCAUUUGGGGCCACAUGCAGAAAAUGAAUGGCUCCCCACUAAAGAUGAAGAACUCUGGAACUCCAAAGAAAGGAGAAGGCAAAGGCUCAGCUCCCUCCACUCCAAAAUCAGGCAGGAAGUCCGGGGACAAGAAAGAAGGAAAGAAAACCGGAAAGAGCGGCGAUAAGAAUGUCCUCAAAGCUUCUAAAAAGGACGGUAAAGCUGGUGCCAAGACGCCGAAGAUGAAGCAGAUGACUCUGCUGCAUCUGGCGAAGAGCACCUCCUCUGGGAGCCCUAAGAAGAGAGCCCGUAGUACUGGCAUGGGUACGCCCAAACUGGGGAAGCCACUGCACCCUAUGGCUCUCCACCUCCUUCGUUUCUAUAAGGAGAACAAGGGCAAGGAGGACAAAAAGAACUCCCUCUCCUCCCUCAUCUCCAAGGCCGCAAAGACCUUGUCCCCAGAUGAUCGGGACCGGCUGCCAGAGGAGCUCAAGGAGCUGGUGCAGAAACGCUGGGAGCUGCUGGAGCAGAAGAAGCGGUGGGCGGCCAUGAGCGAGGAGGAAAAGCAGGAAGAGAUGAAGAAGAAGCGCGAGGAAGUCCGAGAGAAGCUGCGAGAAAAGGCCAAGGAGAGGCGCGAGAAGGAGAUGCUGGUCCGCCGCGAGCAAUCGCGCAGAUACGAGGACCAGGAGAUCGAAGGUGGCAAGACUCUGCCGGUGUUCAAGCUCGUAGACAUGCCCGAGGGGUUACCCAACACCCUGUUUGGUGACGUGGCUAUGGUCGUGGACUUCCUGCAGUGCUAUGCAGGGCUGCUGAUGCCCGAUGACCAGUAUCCCAUCACAGCAGUGGCUCUGAUGGAGGCACUGGCAGGCGAACGCUCCGGCUUCCUCUACCUGAACCGAGUGCUGGUGGUGCUGCUUCAAACGCUGCUGCAGGAUGAGCUGGCGGAAGGCUACAGCGAGCUCGACAUGCCGUUAUCCGAGAUCCCGCUCACCAUGCACUCUGUUUCAGAGCUGGCUCGGUUGUGCCUGCGGCCGUGUGACGCCCACGGGGAGGAGAGCAACCAGGGCUCGGUGGACACGGGGGCUUUGGGCGGCUUCGACGACGUGGUGACCAGCGAGUUCUUGGAGAAGCUCGAGACAAUCGAGGUGUUUGAGCUGAGCCCCGAGGAGAAGGUCAGCCUGCUGGUGGCACUGUGCCACCGCAUACUCAUGACGUACUCGGUUGAAGACCACGUCGACGCCAUGCAGCAACGGUCAGCCGAGGUGUGGAAGGAGCGUCUGGCAAUGCUGAAAGAGGUCAACGACCGCAAGAAGGCCGAGAAGCAGAUGCGAAAGGAGAUGGAGGGCAAAGGUGAGAAAAAGAAAGAGGGAGCUGCUAAGAAGGAGAUCAAAAAAGAAGUAAAGGUAGAGCCGGAACCGGAGCCAGAGGACAUGAUCAGCUCAGUGAAGAGCCGGCGGCUGAUGUCCAUGCAGGCCAAGAAGGACAAGGAGGAGAUGGACCGACAGAACAAAGAGCGCAUGGAGAAGGAGGCUGAGGAGGAGCGUAUGCGUAAGCAGAGGGCUUCUGUAGAAAGGGCCUUUCAGGAUGGAAUAACCAAAGCCAGACUCGUCACGCGCAGGUCCCCACUGGGAACUGACAGAAACCACAACAGAUACUGGCUGUUCUCUGACGUGGUUCCUGGUCUGUACAUUGAGAAAGGCUGGGUGCAUGAAAGCAUCGACUACAGCUUCACCCCUCCACCCGAGGACAAACCAGCCGAGCCCGAGGUGGAAGAGGAAGAGGAGGGUGAGUCGGCCGCUACUCAUGAUUCACAAGGAGCUGAAAAGGACGAUGGCAGCAUAGACGGUGCUAUAAGUGAGGGACCCCAGCAUGGAGCAGCAGCAGACAUCUGCAUAGAAACUACUAUUCCCAACCAAGGACAGAACCUCUGGUUUGUUUGUGACAAUGCAGCUGAGCUGGAGGAGCUAGUGGAGAGUCUUCAUCCUCAGGGCGUUCGAGAGAGUGCACUGAAGUCGAAGAUACAAAGCAGGUACCAGGACGUCCUCCACUCGGUCCAUCUGACCCGUAAGGCCAAACUGGGCCUCAGGACCUGCGACGGCUUCACAGAGCUGCUCAAUUACCUGCGCAGUGACAUCCAAGAGGUAGCCUCACGGCUCCAGAAGGGAGGCCUGGGAUACCUGGACGACAACGUGGACAUCGAAGAGCAGUUGAAAGACACUGAGAACUUGAAAGACUUUGGUGAGUGCAUCAUCACCAUUCAGGCCUGUGUCAUCAAAAAGUUCCUGCAGGGAUUCAUGGCCCCGAAGCAGAAGAAGAAGAAAAAGCAAGGAGGGGAGGAAAGCAGCAAGGCCGAGGAGGUGGACGACGAGAAGAGACUGGCGGAAGAGGCCAGGGUGGCGACUGCGGUCGAGAAGUGGAAGACUGGCCUCCGAGAGGCCCAGACCUUCUCCCGCAUGCACGUCCUGCUGGGGAUGCUGGACGCUUGCAUAAAGUGGGACAUGUCUGCAGAGAACGCUCGCUGCAAAGUCUGUCGCAGGAAAGGUGAUGAUGAGAAACUUAUCCUCUGUGACGAGUGCAACAAGGCCUUCCACCUGUUCUGUCUGCGGCCGGCCCUGUACGGCAUCCCUACCGGAGAGUGGCUGUGUCCGGCCUGCCAGCCCACUGUCGCCAGGCGUGGCUCGCGUUCAAGGAACUACAACCAAGACACGGAUGAAGAAGAGGACGAGGAGGAGUCUGAAGAGGAGGAGUCUGAGGAAGAUGAAGAGGAAGAGGAAGAGAAUGACUACACAGCCAUGGGUCACUGCUUGAGACCAAGGAAGAAAAAUAAGCAGUCUUCAUCUCGGCAGAAGAUUUCAAAAAGUAAACCCAAGAAGCAGUCGUCUUCAAGUAGUCAGAGCAGCAAACAGAGGGCCGGCCCCAACAGCCCCGCAGACAUCGAUGAACUGGUGCGACAGAGUUCCCAAACAGGAGUGCGCCGGCAGGUGCUGGAGCUGGAGAGGUGCGAGGAAAUCCUCAAGAAACUGACGAAAUUCCGCUACAGCUGGCCGUUCAGGGAGCCCGUGUCCGUGGAGGAGGCAGAGGACUACCUGGACAUCAUCUCCCAGCCCAUGGAUUUCCAAACGAUGCUCGGGAAAUUCAGCCAGGGCUCGUAUCGCAGCGCCCAGGAUUUCCUGGAAGACCUGAAACUCGUCUUCUCCAACGCAGAGGAGUACAACCAGCAGGGCAGCACGGUGCUCUCCUGCAUGGUGAAGACGGAGCAGACGUUCACCGAGCUGCUGCAGAAGCUGCUGCCUGGCCUCGGCUACCUCCGCCGGCGUUCACGCAAACGCAUCAGCCAAGCCCCUGCAACAUCUGAAGAAGAGGAGGAGGAGGAGGAGGAGGAUGAAGAAGAAGAAGAAGAAGAAGAAGAUGAUGAACAAGAGGAGGAGGAGGAGGAGGAGGAGGAACCAAAAAAGAAGAUGCAGAAUGGCAAAUCGAACAGAAAGAGAACCAGAAAUGUUCGAGGACGGAGGGAAGAGGAGAGGGAGAGUGGUGAUGAGGAGGAGGACGAUGAUGAUGAGGAGGAGGAGGAGGAGGAGGAGGAUGAUGAUGGCAGGAGGAGGAGUAAGAGGACCUCCACCACCUCAGGCAAGAAGGAUUACAGGGAGGAAGAUAGCGAUGGCGAGCGGGACACGCAGAGAACUCGUCAGCGGGGGGGCCGGGGCGAUGCCGGCGGGGCGCGCAGUGAAGAGGACCGGUCCAGCAAGCAGCGACAUUCCAAGCGACAGAAACGCUCAUGAAGUCCAGGGUGCUUUGUCUUUCUUUCUUUCUUUCUUUUCUUUUUUUGGUCGUCUCUUUGCUUUAAAGUUUCUGUCCCGCUCUUCUAAAAAUUAUCAAGAGCCCUUCAU